AUGUGUCUUUUUGACAGGCUAUGCGACAACAGCGAACUCUGCGAACAGCUGUGCUUCAACCUUCACGACGGAACCUUUGAGUGUGACUGUCAACAGGGCUACACACUCGAACCUGAUGGCUACAGCUGCACCAAACUGAACUACAGCAAGCCUGAUUCCUCCGUGCUGUACGAGAAGGAGGCGUCCUUCGUGGCCGUGUUGGACGAUGACUACCAAUCUGACUCUCCCGGAGACUACCAGCAUGACGACUACCAACGCGACGAUUACCAACGCGACGACUACCAGCGGGAUGACUACCAGCGCCUCGACUACGCACGCGACAAGUACAACGACUACCGACGAGACGACUACCAGCGCGACCUGACGAGGCUGGAGGACGUCGAGGACCAGCCCCACACGGCCGAGCUCCUGGAGGAUCCUUCCCGGCGCAAGGGCAGCAGCCAGCUCAUCGACAGGGCGGACAUCCUCAACUACGACAGAUACAAGACCGAGCAUGAAUCCAGCCAGGAAGAUCUUGGAGCUGAGGAAGAAACCGGCCCAGAGACUUUCCUGGAGCUGGACACUCUGGAUCUCUUUCAGCCGUUCACAUCACCAGGACCCAACUUGGAACAGAAGGUCCCUUCCGAGCUCCCCAACCUCCAAGCCACCGAGAGCCUAACACCCUUGUGUGAAAUGGAUUGUGGAAAAGGGCAUUGCCAUGUGGAUACUCAGGCUGGCAUCUCAAGGUGCAUGUGCCCCCUAGGACAUGCAGGCCGCUAUUGUCAUCCAGGCAUGUACAUUCUGCUCUUAUAUGAGUACUUAUGCGUGAGAAAUGUGUGUAGUACCUAUUGCUUUUCAUGCUUCCAUCCACCAGAGGGGUGCUUUCAGUAUCACAUGACACUGCAGCUAUAUCAAGGUCCUCAGAUAGAAACGGCUCGAUUCCAUGGCUCUUCGUGGGUAGCCUUUGCCCCUCUUCGGGAAGCUUACAGGGAUGUCCAACUCACACUGGAGUUCAAGCCUGAGAGUCCUGAUGGAGUCCUGUUGGUGUCAGGAGAGAAUGACGACCUCAGUGGGGACUUCAUGGCUGCAGUGCUCCUCAACGGCUAUGUUGAGUUCAGAUGGGACUGUGGUUCAGGUGCAGGGUCUGUGCGCUCCCCUGAGGGAGUGCACAUGGGCGAGUGGAACCGGCUGACUGUGUAUCGGCACCGUUGGGACGUUUGGCUGCAGCUCAACGAUGGCCACCACAUUCAAGGCCGGUCUGAGGGACUCUUCUCAAGGAUCACUUUCCGUGAACCCCUUUAUGUUGGGGGCUCCAACAACCUGACAUCCCUUGCAGUGCGUCUUGGUGUGACAACUGGCCUACAGGGAUGUGUCAGACGACUGCAAAUCAAUGACCAUGUUUACCGUUUCCACAAGAACGAUGUGCUCAGGGAACCCAAUCCCUCAUCAGAUUAUGCUGCUCUUGAUGGCUUUGAUAUAAGUGAAUGCAUAGGUGAUGCUUGCAGUGAAGUAGAAUGCCAGCAUGGAGGAAAAUGUGUGGCAUCAGUUCAGGAUACCAGGAACAACUCCAAUUCAGCCGCCACUCCUCCACCUGCUUUCUUUCCUCCUCCUCCAGCUGCUCCUAUAUGCCUGUGCCCACUUGGCUAUGCUGGGGAUUUCUGUGAAAAGCAACUAAAUCUUGAGCUUAUGACAGUUCCUUCCUUCAAUGGCUCUGCCCACUUAGUGUUCCCAGCACUUGGAGGCUCUGUCUUGUCAUGGCUUGAGCUGGAAUUAGUGUUCCGAGCAGCCUCCACAGAUGGCAUUAUGCUGUAUGAGGGACAUCGAUCAGAUGGCUCCAGUGACUUCAUUGCCGUCACGCUCUCCCAGGCCCAUGUUCUGUUCACAAUUGAUUUGGGAUCUGGAAUGCUAACGUUGCGGUCAGCCUACCCAAUCCGUCCUGGCGUGUGGCACUCAGUGCGAGUCUCUCGAACUGGCCGAUGGGCUUGGUUGUAUGUUGAUGACCAACCUGUUGUGAGUGGUCUGACGCCUGGUGGUUUCACUAUGCUGUCUCUCUCACAUCCUCUGUAUCUUGGAGGCAUCCCACCCACCUCGGUCUCUCAGCCAAUACUACCAGCAUCACAGGCCUUUGUGGGCUGUAUACAAAAGUUAUCACUGAAUGGACGACCGAUCCAUUUGGUUUCUGGAGCAGUGUCUGGUAGUAAUGUCGGUUCUUGUGAUCACCCAUGCUCCGAGCGCCCAUGUGACAAUGGUGGAGUAUGUGAGCCGCAUGGCCCUACCUACACAUGCCGAUGCCCUCUGGGAUUCAAGGAUGAGCACUGCAGGAGUCGAGUGGUCACGCAGGUUCUAACGCCAAGUUUCAGCGGGCGUUCUUUCCUGAAGUACUCAGAUCCAGAGAUAAUGAAGCGAGUGUCAGGUGACAAACUCCAUUUGUGGUUAAGAUUCCGUUCCCUGACGCCGAAUGGCCUCCUGAUCUGGGCUGGAGAGGAGGAGGACGAUGGAGAAACUGACGUACUGAUCCCACCUCUUGGAGAUUCGCUGAGCCUUGAGUUGCAAGAUGGACGUCUUGUGCUCCGGUACAACCUUGGCUCUGGGUAUGCUAGGCUCAUGUACAAUAACAGCGGUCCAUUGGAUGAUGGGCAGUGGCACACAGUGAGGAUUUCAAGGUAUGAGAGAGAAGCCCACGUGUCUGUUGAUGGUGGAAACCAAAUUGUGGUUGUCUCUCCAGGUGAUCUUGUGCAACUUAAUGUUGACUCAUCACUCUAUGUUGGUGGGCGUGAAACAUUCAGAGGUGCUCACAGUGGCUACAUGACCCCUGGACUGACGGGCUGCAUAGCCGACCUGACUCUGGCCACAGACUAUCACGUUGACCUUAUAACUCAGGCGGCAGCAGGGCAAAAUAUUGAUUACUGCUGACCGGGCCGAGGGUAGGUGGGAUGUGGAAGAUGAAAAGCGAGAAAGAGAAGAAGGGAAAAAAAACAAAAUGCAAAGAUAUACCCAGAAAAAGGAGCAUGUUAGGUGAUGGUAAAAGCAGUAAAAUUGCAGCCAUUAGGAAUAUUCCUUUCAAUAACAAAGGUAUUUGGGAGUCAAGGAAAUAUAUCUUUAUGUGGGAAUGUUAUUAUGUCUGAGAUGUUCCUGAUGUUUAUGUAUGAUGUUUUGUUAGAUGAUAUAAUGAUUGUGAAUAGUGAGCCCAUUUUUUUUUCUGUGAAUCAACUGUCAGGGCUAGCUAUAUCAUAGAUUUAUAUUUGAUUGUGCAGGUUAUACUCUUGUUGACAGUGAAUGCAUGUCAUAUAAGUAAGAAGUCAGGUCAGUGAGAAUUUAUCUUAAGACUCACUAUAAUAGUGUCAGUUUCUUAUGUAGUGUGAAUGCAAAACUCACCUUUAUCCUCUUCCCACACAAGGUUCAUAAUCACUGACCGACUUCUGAAGCAUAGAUGUAUUUUGCAAAUGCCAUGAAAAUGUUCUUGCCCAAUCUGUAGCAUCUCAGAAAUGAUUCAUUCCAGUUAAUGAUUGUGUUUUUGUGUGCUUGAAAAAAUGUAUGUAUAUGUAUGAUAUGUACGUACUUGCACUCAGAUUUCAAUAAGUUAUAUUUCAUAUGCUAAUGAUCAUUUUCAUAUUGAUGUGGUUAGAAUUUAGCAGUGGCUACCACUCUGGCAUUUGGAUGUUUAGUUUCAUGAUUUUUCCCCCAGAAUGAUAAAGUGUGCAACAUGUAUUAUUUACCUUUGGUGAAAAAAGGAAAAAUUUUAAGAGUGUUCCCUGAAUGUGAAAAUAUAUUUAUGUGGCCUGUUCAUUUCAUGAUUUGACAGAUAUGGAAAAUUGUGCUAAGGAAGUCACAUGUCUUAGUGAUUGUAUGGAGAAGAAUCAUCAAUUAGAUGGAUAUUAUAAUGAUAUAUUUUAAGGUGUUAUUCAUAUUAGCUAUCAUUAGAGAUAUUUUUAUUUCUGUAUAUAUGAAGUAUUGAGCACCUUUCAUAAUUGCUUAAAUGAAUGUAACAUUCAUUUCAGAUGUGUACUUGAUGUUUUGUUCACUGAGUGAUAAUAUAGUUUUGCUAGACCAUUAGACAUUGUGAGUUAGCUGAACAGCUAUCAUAGAAUGUCUCAUUUUUGUGCUACAAUGAAGAUGUUUAAGAAACUUCCUACAUAUCAUGUGUUCAUUAUGAUGCAAAAAUA